UUGGGCGGAGGUGUUUUAUGAGGGACUAGCCCCGCCAGCCCGCGUUCGCCAUGCCCAUCACCCCUAACCCCGCCCUCGUUUCAGUACCCCUCCUCCCCGCCUAUCCCGGGCCGGUCUUCGCUGUUUCCCUCCCCAUGGUGGGGGCAGCGCAUGCGCAGACUCUCCGGACGGCCCCAGCAGAACGUUGGGGGGGGUACCAUGAGCAGCAAGAAGGGUGCAGGCAGUGCCCAGGGCAAGAAGGGGAAGAAGCGGCACAAGAAGGAAAAAGGGGCAAAGGGGGCAGCGCUCCCAGGGAGCCAGCACCGAAGCCGCGUGGCACCACUCCACCCUGGGCCCCACCCCUCCCAUGCCUGGUGGGGGCAGGGCCUCUGGGCUCAGAUGAUGAGGAACAGGAGGACCCCGCAGACUACUGCAGAGGCGGGUACUACCCGGUGCAGAUAGGGGACCUGUUCCAUGGUCGCUACCAUGUGGUGCGCAAGCUGGGCUGGGGCCACUUCUCCACCGUCUGGCUCUGCUGGGAUAUCCGGCGGAAACGGUUUGUGGCGCUGAAGGUGGUGAAGAGUGCUCGGCAGUACUCUGAGACGGCAGCUGACGAGAUCCGGCUGCUCAAAUGCGUGCGGGACUCAGACCCCAGUGACCCCAAGCGGGACAACAUUGUGCAGCUACUCGAUGACUUCAAGAUCUCAGGGGUCAACGGCGUCCACGUGUGCAUGGUGCUGGAGGUUCUGGGCCACCAGCUCCUCAAGUGGAUCAUUAAGUCCAACUACCAGGGGCUGCCGCUGCUGUGUGUCAAGAGCAUCCUGCGCCAAGUGCUGGAGGGCCUGGACUACCUGCACAGCAAGUGCAAGAUUAUUCACACAGACAUCAAACCUGAGAAUGUGCUGCUGUGCGUGGGCGAUGCCUAUGUCUGGCAUCUGGCAGCUGAGGCCACACGCUGGCAGCAGGCAGGCGCCCUGCCGCCCUCGGGCUCUGCAGUGAGCUCGGCUCCCCAGGAGAUCCUGGGCUCAAGGCCUUCACGGGCCCGGCGGAAGCGGCAGCGCCGACGCCGGCGCCGGCAGGGGCAGCUUCUGGCAGAGCGACUGCGGGACCUGGCUCAGCUACAAAAGCUGGCUGUGGACGGGCCGGGCCAGGCCCCACCCGUUUUCCCAGACCCCGCCUCUGCAGCCUGGGGCGGCUCCUCUGACGAGGGGGGAACGGACAGUGAAGUGCCCCCCCCCAGCCGAACUUCAUCGUCAGGCUGCUACACACUGGGCCCAGGAGGCUCAGGAGGGGGGACACCUGGGGGCUCCACAGGUUGGGGCAUGUGUCCCCCAUCUGGAUCUGACUCGCUGCUGUCACCGACCUCAGCCUCAGUCUCAGGGCUCUCAGGGGCCUCAGGGCAGCGUGAGCUGGGAGGUCUGCGUCUGCCUCCAGCAGAGUGGGGGGAGCUGCCAGGGCUGGUGAACCCACUGGACCCCCGCAAUGCAGCUCGUUUGCGGGUCAAGAUCGCAGACCUGGGCAAUGCCUGCUGGGUGCACAAGCACUUCACGGAGGACAUCCAGACGCGGCAGUACCGAGCCCUGGAGGUCCUGAUUGGCGCUGGCUACAGCACCCCCGCUGACAUCUGGAGCACUGCCUGUGUGGCCUUUGAGUUGGCAACAGGCGACUAUCUCUUUGAGCCGCACUCGGGUGAUGACUACAGCCGUGAUGAGGAUCACAUAGCCCAUGUGAUUGAGCUGCUGGGCGAGAUCCCGUGCCACUUUGCCCUCUCUGGGCGCUACAGCCGCGAGUUCUUCACCCGCCGUGGGGAACUGCGGCACAUCCAGGGGCUGCGGCCAUGGGGGCUCCGUGAUGUCCUGCUGGAGAAGUAUGAGUGGCCACUGGAGCAGGCGGCUGCCUUUGCCUGCUUCCUCCUGCCCAUGCUGGCCCCUGAGCCUGCCCGGCGCCCUACUGCUGCCCAGUGCCUUGCCCACCCCUGGCUCCACCCUUAACAACUGCCUAGGACUCUGAUGUCCAGGCAAGAUGGACCCAGGCAGCGGAGAGGAGAGCGCCCAGGCCGUUGGAGCUGAGUGCAGCUGUCCUAGGAACCCAGGCAUCUGGGUGAGGAGGGGCCCAGGGCUUCUAAGCAUCUAGAAGCAGAGAAGAGGACCUAAGUAUCCACAACCCAACCACCGCUGCCCCGUACCUUUCCCCUCCCUGAGGCCUGGGUCCAUUGAGACAGGGCUGGGCAAGAACCCAGGCUCCUAAAGACAAGGCAUCCAGGACCCAUCUAGUACCAUCCAGUGCCUUGCCCCCCAAGGUCUUCUAGUACCUGGGGAACUCAGGCAUCAGGGAUCGAGUUGCAUCUCACUGCUUCUGUCCAGAGCUGGCUCCACCCCUAGGAACCCAGGUGCCUGGGCCUGUGCCCCACUCCUGCCUCAAGAACCUGGCAUCCAACUCAGGAAAGGACCAUCUUCCAACCCCAUCCUUCAUUCCUUUAGGACACAGGGAUCGAGGCUGUCCUGGCCCUUACUGUACCUCAGGGAACCCAGGAGUCUGAGACAAUCGUCCUCCUCCCCCCAGUCACCAUCUGCCUCAGAGACUCAGGUGUCCCAGCCAAAAGUCAUUAGCUUCCAUUGGUACAGAAGGAACCCAGGCAUUUGGCCAUUUCUCCUCCCUGUCCCAAGCACCAGGGACCCAGGUAUCUAGGCUGUCCCCAGAGGGAGAGGAAGGCAGUAGUGUGUCACGCGCGUGUGUGUGUGUAAGCAUGUCUGCAUGGCACAGGAGUAAAACCCUUUGGCAGGA